AUGGCAUCGGGAAUGUUGUUCGACCCAAUGCGUCUUCUUCGCCUUGCUCCUCUUAUCAGCAGCACAGGGAGUGUAGUAUACUCGACGUGCGAACUUAUUAUGAACUCUGCCUUCCUCCAUCCAACCAUCCGCAGAGAAGCCGACAUUGUUCUCCCUCGCUGGUUUAAGACAGUCUUCCAAAGCGGCGUCACGAUAGUUAUUGGACUGAUCACCAUAACCACGUCCACAUCCCUAGCCAAUAUCUACCUCUCAUACAACAACGGCCUUUCGAUCACAGAGGGUAUCAUGGCUCUGCCUUUCAGCGCCAAAAUGUAUGCUUUGGGAGUGACUUGUGCCUUGGGCCACUUGACCUUCAUCCCAUGGGUUGCGCAACCAAUCGAGCACCUAAAGGCAAACACAUCGAAGAGAGGUGGCUCUGCAGAGAUGAAAGAUUGGCUGAGCGUGCACAGGAUCAGAUGGACUGUUGCCGAUUUCCCAGCUUGGGUGGCUUUCUUUCUAGCCGUUUUGACAUUUGAAGAAGCUCUCUAG